CUGAACGGAUGUAGGAAGCGCCACAUGGCUAGUUGCUCACUAGACGUCGCACGGUCUUUAUCGUCUUACGUAAUUAAAAAAAAACACGCGUUCCAUAUUCAAUUUUCGCGGCUUUUUACGUAUUUUUUUGACGCGAACGCGGGAUGAUGACGCAAUAAUAUUUUUUAUUGUUAAUUUAUUUAAAAAUGUAAUAAUUAAAUUGCAGUGUUAAAAAAGUAGUAUAGAAAAUGUAAAAUAAAAAUGAAUAUGAAGCGUAAAAAUACUCAAUGUGGACAGUCAAGAAAAUGAUUCAGUGUGAUAAGACUCGUUUAAAACAGCAAUUAAAUCGAAUAGUACAUUCGUUGAGCAGUUGGAAGCGUCUGUAAAUAAAAAUAGACUUCACAAAUGCAUCAAUUCGUUAUAAUUAAAGUGUAUGUAAAUAGACCAAUGAACGAACGAAUGAGACCGAAUGGAACCAAGUACACUUGAGUACACUUUGGAGUUUACACUUGCGUGUGUGUAUAUUUAUUUUUAACAUUUUAUUUAUUUAUCGUUUGUUUUUUUAAGAACGUUUUUGAAAUAAGUGUGAAAAAUAGUUGUUUGAAUGUUAUGACGUUACGUUUUCGCAAAAUAUUUAUAGUUUCGUCCGCUUGUGUGGUGACACGAUUCCUGAGUUAUUUUUGUUCAGCAUUUUUGUAACUGCUUAUUAAAUGAAACGCACCGAGAUGCCUCUGCCGUUGUUAAGGAGAUGCUGCGGUUGCCUGUCACUGCGCACCGGCUGCUUCAUACUAUGUAUUAUGUCCACUAUGGCCUGUGCCGCGAACAUAGCAGCCGGGGCCUGGAACCUGCCUCGUCACAGAGAGAGAGAACCAGAGGAUAAUCUUAUAUCUAUGAGCAUGGUGAUGUUCUCCACACUGUCGGCCAUCAGCAAUCUUAUUGCGCUGUUUGGGAUUAUACUGAAACGUCCCUCAAAGCUGCAGUUAUCGCUGGUGUUCAACUCAGUGUUCAUAUUCUGCAUAUUCCUGGUCGCCAUAGUGACGUGUCUGUUUCGACUGGACGACUUCCUCCGAGUGCCCGGGAACAUCGUGCUUAUCGUGUUCCUAUUGAUUGCAGGAGCUGUGUAUUCCCUGUACUACCUGACGAUGAUCAACAGUCUGUACAGGAUAAUGAAGAUGGCGUACGGAGAGAGCGCUAUCCCUGUGUGAACGAGUAUUAUACAUAUAAACUUGCCAGUA